CUAAUAAGAACAACUUCUCCCACUUUCAUCUUUUUCGAUCUUAUCCUUAUCUUCUUCCUUGUUCUAUUUCGCUUCUAACUAAAUCUCUCUCUUAAUACCAAACAUAAUCGAUAAAGAUCCUUCUUGUUUAAUUUUUUCCAGAUCCUCGUCAAUCACAGAUUCUUGAAAAAAUAUUGAGAGUUCUUGAGUUAUGAAAUGACAAUGGACAGUGUUAUGAAAUGAGAAACCUCAACCAAUUCUCACGAUUACUUGUUUAUCAUUCCGUAUCCGUUGUCAUUCUUCAUUGGUUUUACGUUAUCUCUUGAAGCAGAUUUUGAUUAGACAACGCACAAACAUGGCAAACGCAGAGAAGACAACAACAAGUUCAGGUUCCGACAUAGACGAGAAGAAAAGAAAACGCAAGCUAUCAAACCGCGAGUCAGCUAGGAGAUCGCGUUUGAAGAAACAGAAGCUAAUGGAAGACACGAUUCACGAGAUCUCGAGUCUUGAACGACGAAUCAAAGAGAACAGCGAGAGAUGCCGAGUUGUGAAAGAGAGGCUUGACUCGGUCGAAACGGAGAACGCGGUUCUUAGGUCGGAGAAAACGUGGCUUUCGAGUUACGUUAGCGAUUUAGAGAAUAUGAUUGCUAAAACGAGUUUGACGCUGACGCAGAGUGGCGGUGGCGGUGGGGAUUGUGAUGGGGAUCAGAACGCAAACGCGGAAAUAGCGGUUGGAGAUUGUAGACGACUUAAACCGUGGAAGUUGAGCUGUGAUUCUCUACAACCAAUGGCGUCUUUCAAGACAUGAUGAGAUUUGUGUAUUAUUAGUGUGUUUGUUUUUUAAUUUUGGUCAUUUUUUCUCGUUUAAUUUGUAAUCGUUAUUUUAUAUCGAAUUGUUUCUUCUCAUUACAUUAUGAUACAAUUGUUUUUUGUUCUUGUUUCCAACAUUUUUUAUUUAA